AUGCCUGGUGGCCAAGAGAUCUCGCGCCGAGACGAGCCGAAUCACGAGGUUACUCUUCGCCCUUCUGCAAAUGACACCACAACCUUACAUCGCUCCUUUGCUGACAUAUCAGACAUCAUGGCCGCAUCUCCCUCACUCCCACCACCCGUCGCAAAUUCUCCGGAAAACACUCUGCCGGGAUACAAGCCCAGCACGCUAUCCGCCCAGCACUCCCCUAGCACCCCUUACGGUCAGCCCUUUGGCUAUCGGCGCUUCUCCGCUGCGUCCCGCCUCUCAGAUGCGCGCGGAUCAGACCGGGGAGAUCCCGCCGAACGCAAUGUGGACGAUGAGGAAGCCAUCCUCGAAGACUCGGCCCAAUACGGUUCUUCAUUCGAGCGGGGACAACCGUCAAGGGGCGAAGAGGAGAGUCUUCCUCGGUGGCGAUUCUCGGGGUACGAGGGGAGCAAUGAGCGGGGAGGAGUGGACGAUGAGGUGGUUGAGGAGGAAUCGAGACCGCAGAGUCGGGCGGGAGAUUAUGAGGGGGUAGAGGUGGAACAUCCGGGAUUGAUUACGCCCGUCUCUGCAAGAGAAGAGGCGAAUGAGGCAGGGAGUGCGGCGGAAAGGCAUCUGGUCGUACCUUCCGAAGAAAAGAAGACUAGGGGAAAGGGGAAGGCCCGCAAGGGCAAGGAAGACGAAGAAGAGGCACAGCCGGCCAAAAAGCGAAGAGGGAAUACACAGGCAUCUCCAUUACCUUCGCCACCGCCAAGUACCGCCCAGCGGCAUCCGCCACUCGGCUCAUGUCCUGGCGACGGACGCUGUAACGGCGCCGGCGGGAAAGCAGGCUGCGAAGGCUGUCCCACCUUCAACAAUACCAUUGCUUCGACAAGCAUGCAGCCGCCCGUCAUUGUCGCGGCGGAGGGUAUCGAGCGAGCCACUCCGCAACUUCGGUCAGAACAAGGCAGGCCGAACUUCUGGUCUUUGAACGGCAACGUUGGACCGGCGGGCGUGAACAUGGACAAGACCCUCUCGGCGACGUCGGCGAAAGAGCUGUCGGGCGACGAGGUAGAGGCGGAGAGCAAGGGGAGUGUGAUUGGGGACGAAGAUGCGGCCGAGGCGGGAGCGGCGGCGACUCCACAGGGUAUGAGCUGCAGGAAUUGCGGAACCAGUACGACACCGCUGUGGAGGAGAGACGAAGAGGGACGACCGCAGUGUAACGCUUGUGGCCUGUACCACAAGCUGCAUGGUGUAUCGCGACCAGUGACCAUGAAGAAGACCGUCAUCAAGCGCCGCAAGCGAGUACCUGCCAUUACUUCAGCUGCGGGGCGCGCCAACGCCGCUCUUGCCGAGUCUGCGUCCCCCGCACCUCAGCAGCCUCCACUACCUACUGCGCCGACUACCUCUGCGCCGCUUCCGCGCGACCUCUACCAGCCCUCUCAGUCUUCUGGUCUCGGCCUGUCGCCCGCUCGUCCGGCUCAACACAACGGUCAUCCGUCUCUCGGUUCAACCUACCAUGACUCCCUGGGUCUGAGGGGUACUGCAGUUCCACUACAGCUCGGCGGCGGGAUCGGCGGGGAGAGGAAACGGCCAUGGUGGAUCGAAGAGGGGCGAGAAGAGGCGGAACGCAGGGUGAGGGAGGCAGCCGAGCGGGACAAGAGGGACAGAGAUAAGGACCAAGAGGGCAUAAUGACUACCCUCCCUCUUCCUGCUCGUUUUGAAUCGUCCACUCUGUCUCCGACGAUGUUCCCCCCUCCGUCAGAACGCACGCUGACCAAGUUUCCUUCUAUUCAUCCUACAUCGCACUCUCGUCCAUCUCCUACCUUUCCCCGCCGCCUAUCCACCGCGCCUCGAUACCACCCCUACACCCCUCGACUGGCUCCUCCCGUAUCGCCAUCUCGUACUGUCACCACGCCCAAAUCGCUUCCUCCGCCCUCACCACGUCCCUCCGCGUCGACUACUGAUCCUUCGGUACCACACCCCAUGUCUGCUUACUUCAACGUCGAUCCCACCCGCCGCGCCUCCAUCACCACAUUUGUUCCCACUCGAUCGCCCAAACCCUCAUCCCGGGUGAAAUCUUCCUCUCGUCAUGCCUCUGAACCGCCCGUGACCCCUACAACCAGAUCGGUUUCUUCCCUUCCGCGCCUCCUGCCGCCCUUCCGUCGUCCCACCAAACAGCUCGCGAGACAAUUGGCCGCAGAAACCCUUCUGGCGAUGGACUCGGUACCGAAGGAUCCAGGAGCUGCCUCAGCAGAGCCGCCAGCAGCUGGGCAGCGUACGAGCGAGGAAGAUGUGCGCGGCGCCAAGCGCAAGCAUGAGGAAUCACAAUCGCCUUACCGCACCAAUCCCAUCGGUUCUUCCCUCCCUCCAAGUCGCAGCCUUCAACAAUCCGCAUCGUCAUCCGGGGCCCGACCCCAAGGUUCCGCCUCUGGCUCAGGCGGACUGAGCACACAGUCUGGUCAAGUCGAUGGCCGGUCCCCGCAGAAUACACCUUUAGUCGCUCCUACAACUGCCCUUCCGGCUCCCAACCCAGCCAAUCGGUACUCGCUGUACGGCAACGGGGCUCGCGAUCCCCAUGCGACGCCUUGGUCCCUCGGGACUCGCUACGGUCUUGGUGGUCUCCGACGCGACCCCCCUCCAGCCGCUCCUCCCGCUCCUGCCCCGACUACAGCACAGGCCAAAGCCCCUGCUCCCGCUCGCGGACCUGUCAUCGACCCUUUGGCACGCAAUGUCCGUCCGCCUGGACAGACUGGCCAGCAGCAAUCCAGCGGCCCCACAAACCCUUAUGGUCAGCCUUCGAACGCCCAGCGUGAGCUGCUCGAACAUCGGGACCAGCUCCGGGAGGGCCGAAAAUGGCUCGAGGCGAUGAUGACCAAGACGGAGCGCCUGCUUUAUGCUGUCGACAAGCAGCUGGCAACUGCUCCGGCUCGGACAGCACAGCCUGCAGCUGCGCCGUCCAUGACCAAUGCGAGAGCAGGAGUGGCGGGUCCCGGACCAUCGGCGGGGACCGGGCGGCAUCUCGAUGACUGGGAGUACGAGGAGCGGGAGCGGGCUCGGGCGAAGGAGAUCCAGCGGCUCGAGGAGGAUCGUCAGCGCGAUCGCCUCGACCGGGAGAAGCGGCAGAAGGACCGUGAGGCGGAUCUGGUCCGUGAGCGGGAACUGUCAUUGUUCGGCGCGUCGGCGGCGGAUCGAGAGCGGGAGCGGGCGCGUGCAGCUCAACGACCAGCCGAGCGUGAGCGAGACCCAAGAGCGCUCGGGUUUGGCGGAGGUUUCUUUGGGGUAUGGGGAGCGGGCUUGGGUCGGGACAGGGAGUGGGAGGCUUUGCGGGAACGGCAGGCGAGGGAGAAGCUCCAGGAGGUGCAGGAUAGGGAGAGGGAGUCGGCGCUGCGGGAACGCCAGCGGACCGAGUCGGAGAAGAACAGAGAUCUGCUACUGGCGAGUAGGAGAGUCGCGGCUGUUAGUCCGAUCCCCUCGGCUCAUCCCCCGCCGGCUCCGGCUCGAGCGGGUUCAGGCAAGAGUGUCAAUGCCAACUCGACGACCAACUCCCCCGUCCUUUCGACCAAGGCGGUCGCUCCUGCCGAGACAAAGUCGACGUCUGGGUGGGACGGCGAGCCCGUCAUGGCCGGCUCCACUAUUCCUAAGAGCCAACAGCCCCCUACCACGAACGGCAGCCAGAAUGGGCAGGUCCGUCCGCCAUCCGCCGGAUCAGCGUCAACUACCGCACCAGCGCCAGCCUUGACGAACGGUGUCGGAAAGAACGGCUCCACCACAUCAGCUUCACCCGCUACGCCCGCAGCGUCCGUCACGGCAGGAUCACCAGCGGUCUCGAAUGCAGCUGUUCCAUCGACCGCUCCAGGCUCGGGCGGCAAGGGUGGACAGGCAGGGGCGGGAGGAGAGGGGAACGGAAUGGGGAGGGGCCUUUGGAAUUGGGAGGCAGGGACUAGGAUUCCGGCGAGGGAGUAG